CAGCAGGCCGCGUGUGAGUAGCUUCCAUUCCAGUACCGUGUCUGUGCCUUCAGACUAUGAUUGAACUUGCUCGGAGGGCAUGAACACGAUAAGCACAGGAGUUCUCGUCGGCGCUUUCAAUUUACUUUACGAAACCAUACUGGAACAAACUGUGUCGUGAUAGACCCAUAUCAAGAGUUUUUGACAUUUUCCUCCCACGAUAACUACCUGCUCCUUCGGAUAAUUUAUAAAAGAUGGGCAAAAGCAGUAGACAUCACGACGAUCUCUUGAGCGAUCGUCCGUCCUCAGAGCGGACGAAUCGCCCCAGGGGAGCUCGAUCAAUCGCUACAACAGCGGACAUCAUGGCUGGCGGUGGCGACGCCAAGAAGUCACCCAGCAAAAAAACGAAAAAGCAGUUGCGCUCGGUGUCGACGUCCAGAGAGUCUUCAGUGAAAACUAUCUGCACCAACAGCGCGGAGGAAGGAGAUGAACGACAGCGCCAGCGGGAAUUGCGCGACAGAAAAAACACGAAGUGUAGUGAGGUAAGAAGUGUGUUUCUUGGUCGCGCUGGAUGCAGUUGAAAAGAGUCUUCUUUUCGAUUUCAAGAUAUUUUUUCUCAUAAGAAGUGGUGCCUUGAUGGUGGAGUGCAAGAGAAUGUAAUGGUCAAAUUCGAAUAGAUAGAUUUUCACUGGCUGCAAGAGAAGAAUGACCUCGGACUCCUCGGGAAAUAUGCAAAGCUAUCCGCAAGAACGUCAUUGUCUUUGUGAUUCCUGACAGACGAAGCGGGUCGCGGCCACCUUUGAUUCCAGCUCGCCAUCACCAACGCGACAACAAGAUGGCGAUGGGCUCCAGCAGCUACAAGAUUUAGAAGACCGCGCCAGCCGCUACGGGCGUAGGAGCAACGCUGAUGCUGCAAGCCGUAGAACUACUACCCAAAGAACUACUACAGUUCGGGCCCCGGUGGACAGCAAGAAGGAACGAAAUAAAACCCAGCGCAAGAACAAGUACGACCACGAAUACCAAUACGACAGCGUACUUGACGAAACGACUCGGAGCGCUACGAUAAGCGGUUCUUCCCGUGAAAAGAAGAAAAAGAAAAAGAAGGACAAAAGAACCUGUUCCGAAUGGAGGUCAAAUUGUUCACGAAGUUCUCCUUCGGCUGACGAGAGAGGAGAUGGACGAGCCUAUCGACAACCUCCUUAUCAGGAACGGUACGAUCCUGGUGCUGACGAUCGCGGCUCAGGCGGACGCGGUAACAGCCAGCAGGGCUUGUUUCAGGAGCACUUGGAUGCCAGGAGCAGCAGAAGCAGUCGUGCGACUUUCAAUGAGAAAGACAAAAAGAGGAAGAAGCAGAAGCACGACAAGAAAACGCGGAAAAGGUAAAUACUGAAAUUUCAUCAUCCAUCUUGUUCUAAGUAGGAUUUUCUUUUCCCUGAAGCCGGCCUGCUAGGUACGACAACGACUUGUUGCUAUUUCUACUUUAUCUCGAAAGAAUACGGUAAAUCUAAAUGUUAUUUCGCGUCUUCUACUGUCCUACUUGCGAUGAGAAGCUCAACACAACUCUUCAGUCUUCUUCUUUCAUCACGACAGGCAUUACGAUUCCGGGAGUGAUUCCAACUCCCUACCCGCAGGCGAGCGCGGCGUCCACCCAGCGAGGACGCAUCAAAGCGAGGAGAGCGACGCCCAGUCCUCGAGGCGGGACAGUCAUAUCGAUUUGAAUUCCCUCUCGCACGCGCUCCCGCCCGGUGCGCACCCACUAGGGGAAUCCUACGGCACGGCGCUGAAUGCGUCCGCGGUGACCGGAUGGGACUACCGAUCGGAAGUUCAUCGUAAGAACCCGCCUGCUGCACCAUCUAGGUGGGCGGGCAGUAGGAGGAGCAGUCCUGAUUGGGGUGAAGACCGUGGUGAGAACAGGGGGGAGAGGAAGAGCAAAAAGAAAAAAUCCUCGCGCCACAGUUCCCCUUCCUCGUUUGCCUCGAACAGGAGCAGCAAGCGCGACUACGACAAGAAAAGCAGAAAGACGCACCGGCAGCGCUGCAGCACCAUUCGCGAAUAUGGGUCACAGGACGAGGGUGCUGACGAUUAUAUGGAGGACCACUACGAUCGCGAACCAGGACAACUCCGCCGCGGGAGCGGGAGACGGCGCAGCGACAGUGUUGCCCAGCCGCCCGCGCUGCCGACCUCCGGUCCGGUGGCAGCUUGGGAGAAGAUACGGUUUCUAGCCCAGAAACACGAAGUUACUGACGAAGUUUUUCGCGAACAGAGGGAGUUCACCCAGUUUUACGGCCUGGUCUACGAAAUAGAUGUGGUAAACAAGGACUGCGCGGAGGCGAUGUAUCGCUACUUCCUGGUGACGUGCAAACUUUGCAGCAAACAAGCCAGCCACACGUAUGAAUAUCGAAGAUGAUUCUUUGCUUGGUUUUAUCUCCGACUGGUUAGUUUUUUUUGCAAUGUUCUUCCUUGAGUAAGAAAGUAGAAGUACUCAUGGAACUUUUUUCAAGCACCAGUUAAUCUUACUUGCCUGUCGCAUGCAAAGCGCACUGAUCUGAUCGCAGGACGCAUCUGGAUAGCAAGGACCACAAGCGCCGGAUGGAAAACUUUCUUGCGAUGACGUACAGCGGCAGCUAUAGUGCCUACGCUGCGAGCGAGCAGUAUUGUCCCGAAGUACCGCGAGAGCCGUAUGUGCAUGACGGGCACCAAUACAACAACCAUCCGAGCAGCAGCACUAGAGCAGGAACCGCUCCAAGCGGAGUCACGCAAUCUGAGCCACGCUACGGACGUCCCCGCUGGGCUGGACCAGCACCAGCAGCACCGGAGUUGUCCUCAUCGAAAGACCCGGCACUAGCCGAAAGGAGAGCCGCGGAACAACGGUAUAAAGAGGCAUCUAUUGGCGCAGCGAACGAUGAAUUCUACCGACAGAAUCGGGACAGGGCAAGGUUAAAACGGCGGGAAGGUGAACAGGAGCGCGCGGGGAAAGUGGAAGAUGUGGCAAAGGAGAAUCAAAAGAACGCGCAAGAGAUCUUCAAUAUUCUGGACACGGAAGAGACUGAAGGUCUUGAUGAAGCACCAACAUCUGCUGUGCCUCCAUUGCGACGAGGCGAAAAGGCUGCACAUCUUCAAUCCCAACAGGUCGAGCAAAAGGAACUCGAACCAGGUUCCACCCGACGAGAACAUCAAAAUCAACUGACCGGUACUAGAGGGUCCACGGAGUCGGAUUUUGUCGACGAGGAAUUGGAGAAUGAGUUUGGAAACAUGCGUGGCCACGUGAAGCAGAUCCGGAAGAUUCGAAAGCAGAAGCGGGAGAAGAAAGCCGAGCUCGCGGCUGCGAAGGAAACUGCAGCGGUUGCGCUCCGGGAGCUGGAGCGAGCGCAGGAGCGGAUCAAGGAGCUGAGUGACGAGUUAGCGGACUUGGAAGCGGAGAAAAGGAAACUGGGGUUCGGGACGCACGGGACCACACAAAGGAUUCACGUCUGCGCAGAAAAUUACGAGGUGGAAACCUCGGACGACGAGGUUGUCGCAAAAAGGAGAGAUGAUGAAGACCAUGCGAAGCAAAGCUCCAAAAAGAAGCCGGCUACAGCAGGUACUACGUCUGAGCGAAAUUGGGAAAGGGAUGACCACGCCACUCCGUCAGUUGUGCCGGCUGCCUCUACACGCGAAAAAGAAGGGAAAGAAGACCGCGCACCACACCAGGACACGCACAGCAGAAGAACCAGAAGAGAUCAUCGCGUUGACGCUGUAGAGGAGAGGGAGACCACACGAAGAAGUGCCGAGCACAAAAAUGAGGCUGCGAGUACGCAUCGGGGGAAGGUUUCUGCACACCCAGACGACGAAGCCCGAAGCAGGAAAUCAAAAAAGGAGAAGAAGAGCAGAAAACGGAGCACCUCGUCCUCUUUCCUCGAACGGUUCCAAUUCGAGUCCGGAAGUCGUGUUAGGGAACCGCAUGAUGACAAGCUCAGUGAAAACGCUAAGCUGUAGUUCGCCAGUUGGCCACCGCAGUGAGUGUGAGGGGUGACUACAGCACGAGAAACUUCUGCCAGUUUUGAAUGCUAGACCCGUUUUCUUUUAAACCCUUUACUGGGUAACAUCAUCAUCAUCAUAUUGACGCUAAAAAUUCUACACGAUGAAGCGAUCGCGAUCCUCAGUUCUGAAGCCCGAACUCAUUCUUCACAGAACAGUUUUGUAAAACUUAUCUGCCAAAUUUAGUUUGUAUGCCCAGCAAAGCUAUUAUUAU